AUGUCGCGCGCACACAAGGGCCACACGUGGAUGAAGAACCAUCCCCUUGAGGGGGAUGAUGUCGUCACAGGGCUGUACAACAUCAUAGCGAAGCGCAACCCCAAGACGAUGAAGGCGUGCCACGGAAUUCGCAUUCCCGACACUGUCGUGUUUGAGCAUAACUUUCCACGUGGCUGGUACACAACGGACAUGAAGGCAAAGGAGGUGGUGCGGAAGCAAGGCAAGGAGCUCGACGCCAAAACCAUCGAGCAGGGCUUUACCCAAGACCUCCACGAAGGUUCUCCCAUCGCCGCCAUCUACCUCUGCACAACGGAGACGGUAACCCACGAAGGUGAGACGGAGGUCAACACACUCGUCGAGGUGUUCAACUGCGACAAGUUGGCUGCGUUUCUCACACGCAAGGUGAAGCCGGACGGAAUUCUGCAGAGGUUCAUCCUCCCGAAGGGGUACCACAACAGUGUCAUCAAGGUCGUGUGGAGCCCGCGUGUUUGCAUGGUGCAGCGGCGCACAAACAAGUACCGUAUCUUCGACCGCAAGAGAGCUGAGUGCGACCCUUUUUCCAUCACCGUCACCUACGAUGGCCCAACAUUUCUAAGCGACGAGGGCAGCGUGUCGGGCAACAUCGCGCUCGAGGUGAAGCAGCUGUGCGGUAACAUUGUUCAGCACUUCUACUACACCGAACACAAGUUCAUCACACGUAUGGUACUCUACUUCAAGACUGAUCAACGUGACCGGCUGUGGCUGCUGUGGUGCGGUUCGCUGCGCGUGUCGGACCGCAACACGCCAAGCGAGAUGCCCGUCAACCUCAUCACCAACUUCGCCGAGCCGUCGCUGGUCGGGACCGCCUUUGACGAGGACACGCUACUCCGCAGUGCUGACGAAGCAUUUAUCCGGCUCACGAAUGAUGAAAUGUUUUACGAGACGUACAUGAAGCGGCGGCAGGACAGCGGGGCAGCCCACGGCGAGACGGACAUGCAGGGCGACAAGCCCCCAUCCUCUAGCACAGACACGCAGCAAGAGAGCCACGUGAACGCUGCCGCUGCCGCCGAGACCUUCGACUGGAGCGGUAUGCCGGCUCUCGUACUCGAGACGCGCAGCCGUCUUUUGCUGGAGAAGAAAGCAAUGUGCAGCUUAUUCGAGGAUCUCUUCUACCACGCUCGCAAUCACUUCCUCGCCCACCGCAGCGAGCCGUACAAGAUGGACGUCCCGAGAUAUGCGGCGCACACACUGACAGAGAACGGCAUCGUCGAUCUCAUGCGCACCCUCCGCCUCCCCGCUGUGGUUCAGCAGCCCACCGCCUCGGUCUCCAUGCACUACGUCAUCGGCUCCGUGCCGCGUCAGCCCCUCACGCAACUCGCUGACAAGGCGCAGGAGUGGAUACAGGCCUACUUCGACGCGAAGCUGCAACGGCUGCAGCAGACUGUGCUGCACUUCACAGGGGACGAGGAUGCGCUGCGUAGCGAGGUGAUGGAGCUGUGA